AUGGUCCGAAAAUGGAAGGUGGACGUCAAGGGGAGGGGAAUGGGCGGCAAAAAGGGGCGUCUGUCCAACGUCCGUGACAACAAGCCUGAGUUCGCUAAGGCCUUUCACUUCUCUCCCGCCGGCCUUCUCACCAAGGUCCUCUCCGCUGCGGUGAAUCUGCAUGUUCUUCACAUACGCGAUGCAGAGCCCCUCUUCCAGUCUCAUCCGGCCGUCUAUGAGGCCGUCACGAAGCUCGACCAACUGAAGGUGCUCUCGCCGUACUACACCGGCCACACCUGCCUCAAGGCCAUCUCGCAGCACCGGGGCAAGCUGCAAGGCAUCGAAAACGGGCUGUAG